AUGAAUAUGGAAAUCAUGCUUCCCAACGAAGAGGUCACAACGGUUGAAUUUGAAUACAAAAAGCUCGAAAAGCAUUGCUUUUCAUGCUUCUCUUUAUCCCAUGAGGAAAGGGAUUGUCAUAUGACCAAAGAGGGGGUAAGAGAUUUGAGUAAGUUGGGUAUUAACCAAAGAAAGGUCUUAAACCGUAUGGAAGCAGAAAGGAGAUGGGACUACGAGAGAAGACAACUUGGACCUAACCCCAACUUCUCCUAUAAGCGAACUUACAGAGACUCAUCCCUUAUAGUCUCAAAUUACAGAGGCUCCUUUGACCAUAGGGAAGCACGCAGAGAACCGGUUAGGAACCACAUGGAGAAGUACACAAAGGAAGCUCCUCCUCGAGCCUCAAGAGAACCCCAUAACAGAGAUGCAGAUCGAAGGUCACAAUCUGACAUCAGAGGAGCACUACGAAGGGGAAACUCGUACUACAGACCGGUUUCACAAGGCCAAGUACACAGCUCCCAAUCGGCUACCCAUAGCAGAAUACAACCUCGGGAAAUUGGAUUCUCGGAUAGUGAUCUCAGACACCAUCCAGUUCUAAAUGGAAAUCAACACGGGAAGUCUAUUUCCAACUCCAAGAUCAGCCACACGCCUCCUCCUAACCCCCGAAGAGAUCCCAUUUCCCCUAUUAUUAUACCAAACACAAGACAGGAGGAAGGCUUUUCCCCUCGGCCAAAGGGACCAGCUAGGGAGCGUCUCUCUUUCUCAAGAACCUCAGCACUACAAAGACUAGGAGAAACUCACAGUUCUGAUUCAGGACAGCUACAGGACAUCACAGUCCACUAUUUGGAAGAGAAUGAGACCAAUCUAGUAGACAACAGAGUCUCAGCUCUAAGAAGAAGUAGCGACCCUCCCUCAUUCGAUUUAGUGCAGGUUACUAUUCCUAACUCUGCAAAUCCUGCUACUAGGAGGGCGAAUACAAAGGGCUCCACUCUCAUAUGA